UGAAGGAGAGACGAGCAGACUGAAAGUCUCAGUAGGGCUGACUGGAAAAUAUUUAAGGCUGUAGAGUCACUUUUGCCCAAGUUUAGAGAGAAUUCUGAGAAAACAUUGGCUCAGCAUGCAGGAGCAAAGACACUUCAGCAGAAAAGCUGUGGCAACCUGGUGCCUGGUGCUCAUUGUGCUUGUCCAGCAGGUGACUUCUAGUCCUGUUCCAGAGCUGGGCAGCAGCUCAGGUUCUCAGAAAGGAGCUCAGAGGUCACUCAGGAGGUCAGCUCGCACGACCCCUCUUUGGAGGAUCAUGGGCACUAAACCCCAUGGAGCCUAUUGCCAGAAUAACUUUGAGUGUUCCACAGGCGUAUGCAGAGAUGGCCAUUGUUCCUUCAUCCAUCCAAUUCAGUCCUAAGAGUGAGAGAGGUUUCUACAUCUCCAGCCCAAGUGAGGAUGACUGUCCAGCUCCUGCACGAAAACCUGUUUUUACCUGGUGGGCUUGAUUCAGUCAGCAGUGAAGGGAAAAUGUAACAUGUAGCACAGUGUGUCAGAAGGCAGGCUAAACAAAGAGUAGAUUAGAGUGUUUGUGUCUACUGAUAGUAGUAGAUGCAAUACAAAGUGGUACGAAUCUGAAGUUUUUAGGCAGGCAUGUUACACUCAUAAUAAAUUCUAAUCAUAUUGGCUCAUAAUACUCAUGUAAACUAUCUCUCCAGUGUAUCAACAUGGACCUCAUAACCUACAGUACAGUACAUUUAUACUACUACAGUAUGUCUUCUAUUUAAUAACAAAUCCUUCUAAUGUUUUCUGACCAAGGUCAGCAUAUUUUAUCAUAUACUACAGCUAUAUCAGAUUUCAGGUGGUGCUAGUGAUGGAGGUGUAAUGGGUUCAGUACUGGAUAAACAUUAAGCCUAGAAACUGGUGGUUUCAAGAAAAGCACUUAUUAGUAUUAGACAAAGCCAUAAAUGGAUACUAUGCAGGUAGAUCUGGCAGCACGUUGUAAGUACAGAUUGUGCAGAGUUUCAACCUGAGUGUCAGUGAACUACAGAUAUUCUGGGGUAGAAAAGGGAGAGAAAGUGUGAACAAAAGUGCAAAGGUAGCCUCUGUCAGCUGAGGGAAGCUAUUAAUAAUGUCAUGUUGUUCAUAUCAGUUUCUGUUCUAAUGUUUUUCAGGGUUUUUUUUUUUUAACAUAAAUUUCUAUUUAUGUAACUGCUGAUACAGAGCUGACCAUCAUGCAUCUUUUCUGUCAACUGUCCUUUUAUGUUCCAGAUAAUCCAUUUAUUAUAUUCUUUAUAUACUCAUUUUGUAUUCUUCAGCUGAGGCUUUUCAUUGGCUCAGAAAGUAAGAAAUGCUCUGAUACUGUAACCUUAGUCAGGUAUUUUAGAUAAGUCAUCCUUGAAUGUUUGUGUGUACUGUUUGCUUUCAAUGUAGUACAUUUUCCUGUUAUGCAUGCUGCAUGUGAUAUUUGAGUGAAUCAUUAUUAAGUAAAUAAAAGCACUUUUGUAUGACUUUGUGUAUGUGAUAUGAAGUUAAAUA